UAUAGUGUAAUAAAAGACGUUGAAGUUGAGAUGCUAGCGGUGAUAGUUGUGUUUGAUAGUACGUAGUAGCUUAGUUGUCUUACGGUCAUAUUCCUGAGCAGUUAAAGAAACGUGAUAACACACAAUAACCGUUAGAAUAGAAGUUAUUUAGUUUCAUAAGUUGUAACAAACUUGCAGCUAGUUAGCUUGAAACGGCGUGGUUUAACGCUGUUAACGUUAGUUUAGACGCAACACUAAAUUUGCUGCAACGAUUUCCUCGUAACGUUAGCUUAGCCAGAAUGAGACCGAGCGUUGCGCCGAACUGCAUUCAAAAACUUGACAGUUUUUAAAGUUUCCUUGGCUGUGCGUAACUCUGCGUAUCUGUCAGAAACUUGAUUCAUAUUUUUGGCAAUUACUUGAAGCAACUAUUCAAUUCGGCAUUGACAGAAUUCACAGAGAAGGACAACGUUUAAUACAAUUUUAACUUUAUAUUAUAAACAUUUCGCCAUUUUAUCCAGUGGAGGCUAGCUAGCAGUUUAUGUCAGUAAAAUGUUUUAAAAUUCAUUCAAAGUGUUGCUUAAUUGGUCAGAAAGCAUGUGCUCUGUAAAAAGGUAUUUGUUAACUUAGGUUUUAUAGGCUAAACGGACAGAUCUCCGUACAGGAAAUAUUGUGUUUAACAAAUUACUCGCUGCCUCCAACUCAACCUCAAAAAAGAAGCAGACUAGUUAAACUAAUCUACAACUAAUAGACAAUAUAACGGAACUUAUUAGCAGGGUCGCUUGAUUUGGGUCACAUUGCCUGGCUGGCUUCCAGUGGGCGGGGAAGGAGAAUGGCAGGCCUGUGGAGAUCCUACCAAAUCUUGAUGACCAAAUACCCCUGGACAGUGCAGAUAGUGACUGCUGGGUCUUUAGUGGGUGUCGGUGAUGUCAUCUCCCAACAGCUGAUUGAGAGAAGAGGAUUGGCUCAUCACAAUGUGCGGCGGACGGCCAAGAUGAUGAGUAUUGGUUUCUUCUUUGUGGGUCCAGUAAUCGGCAGCUGGUACAAAGUUUUGGACAAGCUGGUGGUUGGAGGAACUAAAAGUGCUGCCAUGAAGAAAAUGCUGCUUGACCAGUUGUGUUUUGCUCCGUGUUUCCUGGGAGCUUUUCUCUGUAUCUCCGGUGCUCUGAACGGACUGACGGUGGAGGAAAACAUCGGCAAGCUCAAGAGGGACUACACAGAUGCCCUGAUCUCAAAUUACUAUUUAUGGCCCCCAGUCCAGAUUGCCAAUUUCUACUUCAUUCCACUACAACACAGGUUGGCUGUCGUCCAGAUUGUUGCUGUUGGUUGGAACUCCUACUUGACCUGGAAGGCCAAUAAGAUGUGAACAGUGAUUACAAGUCCGGCCUGUUGUUGUUGAUGAUGAUUUUACACACAUUUGUAGUGUGUGUGUGUGUGUGUGUGUCACAUGGGCCGUUCUGGUCUAACUAGAUAAUACUUUAGGCUACUUAGUCUUCUGAUAUUUCAAAUGUGUAAAACUGUGACUGAGUCACUUAUAAAGGUCAGGAGAAAGUGCUUGUCUACUCUGAAUGACAAAUUCACACUUGAAAGUCAAACUUGCAUUUGCAGAAAUGUCUGUGAAAGUUAGUUAUUUAUGGAAAUGGGAGUUGGCAGUGGUGCCGCAGUGUAGCCACACAUACGCUCACACACACUCAUACAUUAACACCUGCUGGUUGCAAAGGAAACUUUUGUUUGUAAUUCAUUUCAUGUAUUGUUAAUCAUUUUAAAUAAUUAGUUACCGGUUAAUAGUACAAUGUUUUGUCUUAUCAUGAAGGAAGUUUUCAGAAUUUGUUAUGAUGUAUUGUAAUUUAUAUAUUUGGUUUAUUCAUUUUCUCUUCACCUGCCUAAUCUAUGUACUUCUACUUUAGUAACUGUCUUCCUACAUUUCCCAAAAUGCCUUUUAACAACCCUCAGGAAAAGGCAAGCAGCCUGUUUUUAGAUUUCUAUUAUAAAUGUACAUAAAGCCGCAGUCUUUAUGCAAGUAAUACCCACGUCUUAUCAGUUACAGGAUGCAAUGCAUUAUGGUCUUUUGAGGCUUCUGUGGGUGAAGUAACUAGCAUCAAUUGUCAGUAAAAAAAAAAAAAAAUCAUGGCUCUGGAAAGAUGCGCUUGUUCUUCAAUGCUGAAAGAGUGAAAACAAAACCUGAUGUUUAAAGAAUAGUUUGAUAUUUUUGGAAAUACAUUUAUUUGCUUUCUUGCUAAGAGUUCAAUCAUACCACUCACAUGUCUGCAAGGUAAAUAUAAGGCUCUGGCCAGCAGCUGAUUAGCGUUAGCCUGACAUCGCCAGACUAAUUCGCAAAUGCAUAUGCCAGAGAAAAUGAAACGUGAGCUCAGCAGAUUCUUCUGGUUCCCAGGCUAGAUUAGCUUAGCUUGGCAGAAAGACUGGAAACAGGGAGAAACAGCUAGCCUGGCUCUGUCUCAGGGUCACAAAAUCCACCUACCUUAUAUCUUGUUCGUUUAAGCCGCACAAAAACCAUUUAAUAAUGACAAGUUCAGGUUUUAAGGGGUGGACUAUUUCUUGAUGCUUAGCGUGUCUUUAUGCUUAGCUAACUGGUUGCUUGGUCAAGUCAAAUCAAGUGUAUUUCCCAAAAUGUCAAACUGUUCAUCAUUCAUUGAAUUAUUUGUCAUUUAAUUAUUUUGUCAAACUGCAUUAUACAGUAGUUGCUGGAAAUUCACAAUUAAACAACUAAAUAGACCCAGGAAUCCAUUGAUGCAUCGACAAUCACUGUUGAAGUGUUGAUUUUUCUUCGAUUUUUCAGUGUACAUGGAAUCUUUAUACUCCAAAUGUGCACAUAUGUAACAACAAAGGCCAUCUCUGGCAUACAAGCUAAUAAAGUUUUACAUGAGGGGAUGUCAA